AUCACUUCCUUCGCCCCCCCCUCCCGCUUGGUGCUUCCACAGCAGCCACAUGACACUGAACCGUGCACCCUGAUAGCAGAAGGGAAGAAAGGACAUUACUAUUAUCACCAUCUACCCAGAGCGCGCUUUGUGCCCUUUCUUUCUUCCCUUCUGCUUUAGGUCCGUACAGGCAGCUUAUUUCUCUCCAGUGUCUACAUCGCUGCCAGUCGCCAUGCCCAAUAUCGUGCUCUUCAGCGGUAGCUCUCACCAGGACCUUUCCCAGAAAGUGGCAGACCGGCUCGGGCUGGAGCUGGGCAAGGUGGUCACGAAGAAGUUCAGCAACCAGGAGACCAGUGUUGAGAUUGGCGAGAGCGUGAGAGGGGAAGAUGUCUACAUCGUACAGAGUGGUUGUGGUGAGAUCAAUGACAACCUGAUGGAGCUCCUCAUCAUGAUAAAUGCCUGCAAGAUUGCUUCUUCCUCUCGAGUCACAGCGGUCAUUCCAUGUUUUCCAUAUGCUCGCCAAGACAAAAAAGACAAGGAAGGAAUGGUUAAAACCCUAAGUCGGGCUCCUAUAUCUGCCAAGCUGGUUGCAAACAUGCUUUCUGUAGCUGGAGCUGAUCACAUUAUCACCAUGGACCUCCAUGCUUCCCAGAUACAGGGUUUCUUUGACAUUCCUGUAGAUAAUCUGUAUGCUGAACCAGCAGUACUGCAAUGGAUUAGGGAGAACAUCCCUGAAUGGAAGAACUGCAUCAUUGUGUCUCCUGAUGCCGGUGGUGCCAAAAGGGUGACAUCUAUUGCUGAUCGACUGAAUGUUGAAUUUGCCCUAAUCCACAAGGAACGGAAAAAAGCCAAUGAGGUGGACAGGAUGGUAUUGGUUGGAGAUGUGAAAGAUCGGGUUGCCAUUCUUGUUGAUGACAUGGCUGACACAUGUGGUACUAUGUGCCAUGCUGCUGACAAAUUGCUUUCUGCUGGAGCAACAAAAGUGUAUGCAAUUUUAACACACGGCAUUUUCUCCGGACCUGCCAUUUCUCGGAUCAAUAAUGCGGCAUUCGAGGCUGUUGUGGUUACCAACACAAUACCACAGGAAGAGAAAAUGAAGCAUUGUCCAAAGAUCCAGGUUAUCGACAUAUCUAUGAUCUUGGCGGAAGCGAUCAGAAGGACUCAUAAUGGCGAAUCUGUGUCAUAUCUCUUCAGCCAUGUCCCAUUAUAGACUGUUUUCUCCUGCAUGCAGCAGCCCUUUUUGGAUUUAUAUUUUUUUUUAAGCAAAGUUAAC